AUGACACUUCAAGCUGAAGCAAAUCCUACUGAUGAUAUGGAAGAAGGGUAUGGAGAUACUGAUGAAGUUUUAGCAGCAUCAAUUGGAAUAAGUGGAGGGUUUAAUUCAGUGACAUUCAAUGAAAAUAGUGGAUAUAGUGGGGGUAAUAUUGAUAUGAGGCAGAAAACCAAUCGUGGGGUUAGGACCACAAGUGGGGGUCGACCCACUAGCUCAUUGGGGGUUAGGAAAAAAGGUGAAACCAUGAAGAAGAAACCAUCUUUAGCUAUGAAAAUAGAAGAUGCAAUUAAUAGUAUAGUUGAAGCAAAUAACAUUGAUUCUCAGCGUGCAAAUGAUGUGAUUUCACGAGCACAAGUUAGAAGGCUAGAAGAAGAAGCACGUGCUUAUGAGACGUCAAUUAUGGGAGUCAUGACUCACCUUAAAACAAUUGAUGAAGUUUUCAAUGAUCUUGAUUUGUUUGCACGGUGCACACAACUCCUCAUGUACCGACCGGAGGCACAAGAAAUGUAUGCAGCUCUGGAGGAUAUGAGGGAACAACUUGUGACCUUUUUGAAACAUUCCACUAAGAAUUUAUGA